AUGUUUCAAGAUGUUAAUGCAGAAUUCCUAGCCUUUCCUAAGAUAUAUUGUGGCCAAGCCAGAGAAAGCAAUAAUGCAAGGAUGACACAACUUCAUUACAGUACCAUUUGUAAGUGGGAAUUGCGGAAUAAGGACAGACGUGUUGCUUCUAAUGUCUCUAACAUUUUCUUUAAAUUGAAGAAGGUGCAGAUUAAACAAGUUGCAGAUAAAGUCUCUUUGGCUGUACGGAAAUGCAAGCUUAAAGAUGGUAAACUUACUGUUGCAGACGUCCUGAACAGCGAAAAUGUUGCAAAUAUUGUUAAACAUGAUGAAGGGUAUAAGGUCCUUAGGACAUUGCGAGGUUCACCUCCAUAUUGGGAACAAGCUAAGAAAGAUAUUUUUGCAAUGAUAAGACAGCUUCGUAUACCCACUUGGUUUUGUUCAUUUUCUGCAGCAGAAACUAAAUGGUUGUCUUUGUUAAGAAUUCUUGGGAAGGUAGUAAAUAAGGUGCACUACAGUAAUGAAGAUAUUUUCAAUAUGACAUGGCAAGAAAAAUGUGAGCUUAUAAAGUCUGAUCCAGUCACAUAUGCCCGUUAUUUUGACCAUAGAGUACAGAUUUUCCUGUCUAAAGUUUUACAAAGCAAUAUUUGUCCCAUUGGGAAGAUAACAGAUUUUUUCUACCGUGUUGAAUUUCAACAGAGAGGCUCUCCACAUAUCCACAUGUUAAUAUGGAUUGAACAAGCGCCACUUGUCAAUUCCCAUUCACAUAGUGAAAUCAUAUCUUUUGUUGAUAAAUACAUAAGUUGUACAAAAGAUGAACAUAUGAAAACUUUGGUAAAUUAUCAAACACAUCGUCAUGCCCGCACUUGCCGCAAGAAGGGAAAGUCUGUUUGCAGGUUUGGUUUCCCCUUGCCUCCAAUGACAGAAACAAUGAUAUUGACAGGCCUUGAUACAGCUAGUAAUGAGAGAGCUAAAGCUGAAAACAAUUAUUGUAGCAUAAUGAGAGAACUUGAAAAAUUAAAAUUACCUGAAUGGGACACAAGCUUUACGGCAUUCCUUGCAAAAUUCAAAUUGACAUAUGAAGAAUAUAUUCUUCCCUUAAGAUCAAGUAUUCCAGCUGGAAAGUCCAAGCUGUUCCUGAAACGAUCUCUUGCUGAAAUACGAGUCAAUAGUUACAAUAAAACAUUACUGAAAUGUUGGGAGGCAAACAUGGACAUCCAGUACAUUCUCGAUCCAUUUUCCUGUGCAGCAUACAUAGUCUCGUAUAUAUCAAAAGGUCAGCGUGGUAUGUCAAACUUGUUAAAUGAGGCGUGCAAGGCAGCAAGAGAAUCUGCAAGUGAUAUUAAACAGCAGUUGAGAUGCAUUGGAAAUGUUUUCUUGACAAAUGUUGAAAUUGGUGCUCAAGAAGCUGUCUAUUUGUUAUUGCAAAUGCCUUUGAGGCGUUCAUCACGAAGUGUCGUGUUUGUUAACACCAACCCUCCUGAAGACAGAGUUGCAUUGAUUAAGCCUUAUCAGAAACUUAAGGAAAUGUCAAAAAAUUCUACAUCAAUAGAGGCAGACAACUGUAUUAAGCGUUAUCAAAGAAGACCUAAUACAAUGAGUGAACUUUGUUUAGCAGAUUUUAUAGCUUGGUUUGAUGCCCAUUACACAAAUAAGAGUGACAGUACCACCAGUAGACAUAAUCUAAACAGUGACAUUGACUUACUAGAAGAUGUUUACAUAGAGGAUACAACAGAUGAUCCAGUUCAUGAAAGUACAAACAGUAAUAAAGAAGAUUCGAACAUGCCAUUGAAUGAACAGACAGGCAGACAAAAUGAAAUACAUUAUGCACGUGAUGGGUCAAUAUUUAAGAAAAGACAGACAUGUAAAGUUUUGUAUUCUGUUGGUUUUAGCAUUGACAAUGACAGAGAAAAGCAUUUUCGUGAAUUCUUAAUGCUGUAUCUUCCAUGGCGUAGUGAAACUCGAUUAAUUGGUGAAUUUUCUUCAUUUGAGGAAAAGUAUAUACAUUUUAAAGAUUGUGUAGAAAAGAAUAGACAAUUUUAUAAUAGCGUGUCGUCUACUGUUAUUACAGAGCUAAAUGAUGAAUUGUUUAGCUUUACACAUGAACAGAAUGACAUAAUUUUACCAGAAGAACAGCAUCAAAAUGAAAUGGAUAGCAUGGAAGGCUCAAAUCAGUCAGAGGCUUAUAUGUCAUUUGAUCCUGGACCACCAUGCAAUUUAACCACAUAUGACCUUGCACUUGACAUUGGUAGUGGAAGGAAACAGUUAGGUCAAGAUGAACAAAUUCAAGGCGCUCUUUCCAAUGAAGAGUAUUUUACUUUAGUUCAGACCUUAAAUAAAAAACAGAAAGAGUUCUUUUAUCAUGUUUUACUAUGGCAAAAGACUAGAACAGAACCACUAUACAAUUUUUUGAGUGGAGGGGCUGGAGUUGGUAAAAGUGUUCUUCUGAAGGCUUUAUAUCAUGCAUUAAACAAAUAUUACUCUCAGAAAAUAGGUGCUAAUCCGGAUGAUAUCAAUGUGUUAGUUUGUGCACCAACUGGCAAAGCUGCAUACAAUAUUGGAGGCGUUACUAUCCAUUCAGCAUUCAAUAUCCCUGCUGAACAAGGAUUUAAUUUCAAACCUUUGGAUAUGCAACAACUUGGUACUUUUCAAGCAAAAUCUCAGCACUUAAAAAUCAUCUUUAUUGAUGAGGUUUCAAUGGUAGGCCAAAGAAUGUUCAAUUUCAUUAAUCUCAGGCUACAGGAAAUUAUGGCAACAACUAAACCUUUUGGUGGUUUAUCUCUUGUUACUUUUGGAGAUUUAUAUCAAUUGAAGCCAGUUAUGGAUAAGUGGAUAUUUUCCUCAUCUAGUUCAUUUCAAAAUUCUGAAGAUUUAGCUACAAGUUUGUGGGAACAAUAUUUCACCAUAUUUGAACUUGACCAAAUUAUGCGGCAACAAGGAGAUAGAAUUUUUGCCGAACUUUUGAAUAGAUUAAGAGAAGGCUGUCACCUUCCUGCUGAUAUUCAACUUUUGAAACAACAAGUUGUAGAUAAUAAUGGAAACUUUUCACAAAUACCUCACUUGUUCACGAAAAGGGCUGAAGUUGAUUGGCACAAUAAAACGAUUUAUGAUGGCUGCUCCCAGGAGAAGGCAUUAAUCCAUGCAAUUGAUACAAUUUCUGGGAACUUUUCCAAGGAGAUGAAAUCUUCAAUUUUGUCAAAAAUUCCAAAUGACUGUUCAAAAACUAAAGGGCUUUCCAAAAUACUACAAAUUGCUGAAAAUUUGCCAGCAGAGUUGUGCUCAAAUGUAGAUGUGUCUGAUGGUAUGGCUAAUGGAACACCAUGUUCAAUAAAAAAACUUGAUUAUAGGGUAGAAAAUUCUAAUCGAUGUAGCAUUAUAUGGGUGCAGUUUGAAGAGGACAGCAUUGGCAAAAAGCACAGGAAUCGUUACAAACACUUGCAUUUAACAACUAUACCUCCUUUGUGGACGCCUAUACUUGAAAUUACAUUGAAGUUCUCUUUCAAUUACUACAAAUCUUUUCACAUUACUAGAAAACAAUUUCCAUUACACCUGUCUUCAGCUAAGACUGUUCAUAAAGCACAGGGAUCUACUAUGGCUGAAGCUGUAAUUCAUUUUGGUAGUAGAAAAGUAGAACAUAUGCAUUAUGUGGCUUUAAGUCGGGUUAGGAACUUGGCAUCAGUAAAGAUUUUAUAUUUAAACGAAAACAAUAUUUCCGUAUCAUCAGCUGUUGUUGGGGAAAUGGAAAGGUUGAGAGCCACUUCUAGUGUAAAAUUAGCGAUUCCUCUAGUUUACAAAUUUCCCUCGGAUUCCUUUACAAUCCUGUAUCACAACUGUCGCUCACUCAACAAACAUAUCUUUGACUUGCGAAAUGAAAUGAAUUUCUUAGCAGCAGAUGUUAUAGCAUUGUCUAAAACAAGACUUCAUACUAGCUUACCAUCAGUCAAUUAUGACUUACCAGGAUUUAAAUUGUUUAGAAAUGAUGGUUGUUUAAAUUCAAGAAAUUGUCAAGCAUACCAUGGAUCUGCAAUAUAUAUGAAGAACUUCAUUUCAAUUCCAGAAGUACACAAUGCAUGUGACAUAGAAAUUACAACCACAUACAUAUCUGCUAUUGACCUUUAUAUCAGAAUAAUAGUAGUUUACUGUCCGCCAGGUAAAGCAACUAUUGUAAAUAUUAAAGACCUGUUUUCAAACUUGGACAUAAAAUUUGAUUUAAAGAAUCCCACAAUUGUCCUUGGUGACUUCAAUUUUGACUUGAGCUGUGAACAUCUUCUUCCUAGCUUUUUACAGCAACAGUAUCAGUUGAAACAAAUAAUAUCCACACCUACAACAGAUUAUGGCAGUCUAUUAGACCACAUUUAUACAAAUUUAAUCAAUGACAGAAUUUUCCAGUCUGGUACAUUAGAAGCUUAUUUUUCUGAUCACAAGCCAAUAUAUAUAACAAUAAAAUAG